AUGUGGGCAAGUCAGACUCGAGAGCUGUACACGACGUCACGUGCUAGUCUUCAGGUCUUCACCUCCAAAGAUGUCCUUGUACAUGGACUUUGGCCAUUGGUGAGUGGUGAGCAAGAGGAGCUGGCAAUAGUCGCCUCAUUGGCGACACGGUAA